UGGAUGGCUGCUGGAAACCCAUUGCCAUAGCCAGCUCUUCUUCAAUAUUGAAGGAUUUACCCUGGUAUUGAGUAAUGAGAAUUUCGAAACCAUAUUUGAGAAGUACAUCCAUCCAGUGCUAUUUGUGCUUACUUCUGAACAGUCAUUUUUUAACUGAGGCUGGCAUUCAUGUCUUCAUUUUGGGCUGUAUCAGUGUGAGUCUUCCUAAAACAGAAGCAAACUGGCAUGAUGUAAUAAGUGAUUUGAAAAAAUUUGAAACUCUUAUUCAGUCUAUACAUAUUGAUGCCACUUUAUAUACUGAGAGCAAUGUUGAUCUCCGUUGCAAAGUAACGGCGAUGAAAUGCUUUCUCCUGGAGUUACGUGUUAUUUCGCAGGAGUCGAAUAACGUGGACAUUAGACAGGUGAUCGAAAACCUCACCAUCCUAGCAAACAGCAGCUUAUCUUCUAAUAUGAAUAUAACUGAGUCUGGAUGCAAAGAAUGUGAACAACUGGAGGAAAAAAGUGUUGAAGAAUUUUUGCAAAGUUUUGUACAAAUUGUGCAAUUGUUCAUCCGCAUUUCUUGAUUGCAGCGAUCCUCUUCAGCGUGUCUCUUAUUUGUAAACAUCUUCCCAUUGCUCAGAGGCAACAAAACACUUUGCAUUUCCAGUGUGCUGCCAAAACAAGUGUUUCUAGCAAGAAGAUGAUCAGGGUCUUGGAACAGAUGAACUCCUAGAAAUGAAGGCAGAAAAAUAGCACUGAGUAACGUGGUGUCUAUGAACAUUUAUUUUUAACUUAUUAUUGAAACUGUACAUAUUUGUAGCAUAAUAUAAAAUGUUGAAUAAAAUUGCAUACAUAUUUU